AUGUAUGAGCCCAUCAACACUAGCUUGGUUAUCCUUAUCCCCAAAAACCAGGAGGCAAAGUAUGCUCGUGACUAUAGACCGAUUUCGUGUUGCACAACGAUAUACAAGGUAAUCUCUAAAGUGUUAACUACCAGGCUGAGUAGAGUCAUAAAGAGUAUUGUCCAUCAGAGUCAAGCGGCUUUUGUUCCGGGCCAGAAAAUCCAUGACCAAAUCCUGCUUGCGUACGAGUUAAUCCAGGGGUACGAGCGUAAAGGAGGGACGCCGCGGUGUAUGCUUCAGUUAGAUAUCCAAAAAGCGUAUGAUACAGUUGACUGGAAGGCUUUAGAGCUCAUCAUGAGAGAGGUAGGCAUUCCUAGACAAUUCAUUAAUUGGGUGAUGAAGACGGUUACCGCAGUAACUUACAAGUUCGUGGUGAAUGGAGAGUAUACGCAUAGUCUGAAAGCGAAGAGAGGCCUGCGACAGGGAGAUCCACUUUCUCCUUUGCUGUUUGUCAUUGUUAUGGAAUAUCUGCACAGAUCCCUCCAAGAGUUAAGAUAUACCCCUGACUUUAACUUUCAUGCUAAGUGCGAGAAGUUAAACAUCAUUAGCCUCAGUUUUGCAGAUGACGUUCUAAUAUUUACUAGAGGGGAUAAGAUUUCUGUUGAUCUACUUAUGCAGGCUUUCAUGAAUUUUUCUAAAUCUACUGGCCUUGUGAUAAACCCUUCCAAGUGCAAAGUGUAUUUUGGUGCAGUGGAAAGUUGCAUAAAAGGGGAGAUUAAACACAUCAUUGCAUUUCAGGAGGGAUCUCUCCCAUUCAGAUACCUUGGUGUCCCUCUCACGGGGAAAAAAUUAUCGGUUAACCAUUAUAUGAGCUUAAUCGAUAAAAUUGUUGCUAGAAUUACUCAUUGGAGCGCCAAGUUACUUAGUUAUGCAGGUAGGCUUCAACUCAUUCGGAGCACCACCUAUGCUAUAACUAACUAUUGGAUGACUUGUUUCCCAUUCCCUAAGAAAGUGAUUCAAAAAAUCAAUGUCAUCUGUCGAUCAUUUCUCUGGACUGGUGGAACUACUAUCUCUAGGAAAUCCCCUAUCUCUUGGAAGCAGGUUUGUACCCCAAAGAAUCAAAGAGGUCUUAGCUUGAUUAAUCUGGAAAUCUGGAAUGCAGUAACCAUGAUGAAGCUUCUUUGGAAUGUGUGCAGUAAGAAGGACAGUCUAUGGAUUAAGUGGAUAAAUUGUUAUUAUAUGAAAAAUGGCGACGUGAUGUCAAUGGGAAUAAAAGAUUCUUGCUCUUGGAUUUUAAAAGGUAUUCUGAAGCAGAGACAAAAGAUUCAAUCUCUUACUAGCUGGAGUACUUUGUUGCAAAAGGAUAGAUUUGUGUCGAAGAUAAUGUACAAUGAAUUGCAGGAUGUUUCCAGUAGAGUUCCUUGGAGGAAAUUAUUUUUCUCCAACCUGGCUAGACCCCGUGCAAAGUUUGUUUUCUGGACUGCCUGUCAUGGCAGACUUGCCACUAAGGUUAGAAUGAUGAAAUUUGGGCUACUUAGUGAUAGCAAAUGUAACUUCUGUGAUCAUCUUGAAACAAUUGACCACCUCCUGUUUGAAUGUGCUGAAAUGAAGGAUGUUUGGAUUCAGAUCUUGGAAUGGCAAAAGAUUAACCACCAGCCAAAGAAGUGGAUUGAGGAGCUUAGCUGGGCGAUGGCGCAGGGUAAAGGAAAGGGGCAUGGAGCAACUUUACUCAAAACCGCUUUAACCGAGACUGUGUAUGAGCUUUGGAAAUAUAGGAAUGAAGUAGCUGAUGAACUUGUGGCCGAAUUUGCUGAUCCAAUCAAUGGUGUUUCAACUCCUGAUCAGGGCAGAGCGUUGUUGGAAUCGCUGGCGAAAGGAGCGGUUCGGUUCUCAUGGAGGCUUUCUGUUACCAAAUUGCAAGAUCGAUGGCAAGCGUUGCUGUACAACCCGAAUGUUUCCGCCGUAGUUCUUGCCGUGAUGGUGAAUUUGGCGGUCGCAAAGUACGAAAGAGCUGUGGGGAGCAACGAAGGUGGCGGUGGUGGGAAGAAGAGGAAAGCUGAAAUUAAUGAUGUUCCUAUGUGGAAAACUAUUAAGGAUUUUUCUUUGCCUGAUAUAUCUGUUAAUGUUGAAGGUAAAGGUCAAGACUUGGAAGGGAGAGUAAAUUCAAAAGGCGAGUGUGGCAAUGGUGGGUUGAGAAUAAAUGCUCCUGGUGAUGCUGUGUUGAGACACGAUGCUAAGAACGAUUUGGUCGAAAUUGAAGCUGCGUCACGCCACCGUGCCUCUGCCACCAUCGCCGUGACCCUAUGGCAGCCUCACGCCGCUAGGCCAUGUGCCCAGUGCCGUCAGGAGCCGCGCCUCCUCCAUGGAGGUGCCUCUCCUUUGUUGCACCGCCAAGAUGUUGCUAAUGCACCUAGGAUUUGA